AUGCCUUCUCCAGGUUUGUGUUGUUUUCAUCGAUCACACGAAAACAGGAACCAUAGUCCAAGCGAACCUGUCAAAGAGGCUGAACGAAGGAACACAUCUCCACAUAACCAAACCGACCAGAGAAGUGGUUACCCAACCGUACCUAUCACAGUUGUUGAACAAAGGAGCAAAUCUCCACCUAGCCAAACCGAGGACAGAGACCAUGGUCCAAGUGUGCCUGUCAAAGAGGCUGAACGAAGGAACACAUCUUCACAUAACCAAACCGACCAGAGAAGUUGUUAUAGAAGCGUACCUAUCACAGUUGGUGAACAAAGGAGCAAAUCUCCAAUUAACCAAACCGAGGCCAGAGACCAUGGUCCAAGUGUGCCUGUCAAAGAGACUGAACGAAGGAACACACCUCCACAUAACCAAACCGACCAGAGAAGUUAUUAUGGAAGCGAACCUGUGAAAGAGGUUAAUCGAAGGAACAGAUCUCCACAUAACCAAACCGACGAGAGAAGUUAUUAUGGAAGAGUACCUGUCAAAGAGGUUAAAAGAAGGAACAGUUCUCCACAUAGCCAAACCCACGAGAGAAAUUAUUAUACAAGCGUACCUGUCAAAGAUGCUGAACAGUACGAUAGAUAUCUACUUCAUAAAACUGAAGGCAGGGAUCAUGAUCAGAGCGGACGUGACAAAAAUUAUGAAAAAAAAUACGAAUUUCUCGUUAAAGGAAUGUCACGCAGAGCUCUGGAGAUGUACAAUAUCAUCAAACAUCGAGGAAGUAGAGAAGAAGAGACUCUCUAUGUGAAAAAGACUAGGAAAGUUAGACCUGAUGCGUUGAUUAAGAAUUUGAACCAAUUUCAAACAGUCUGCAGGUCUUCAACAGUGAAGGAUGGCAUCAGUGAAAUGAUCUGCAAUAUCCAAUUUAUGAAUCCUCGCGGCGAUACUCGAAUGUUUGUUUGUCGCAGUGGUUUGAGAAGUGAAGCAAAGCUCGAAUUCGUAUGCCUCGUAGUACAUAU